ACGGCAGAGGGGGGCGGCGAGAAUGGCCGCUGGGGCGAGGAGGCGGAGCCGAUGACCCCGGCGGUGGCGGCGGCAGAGGGGGUCGGCGAUGAUGGCCGAUGGGGCGAGGAGGCGGAGCCGAUGUCCCCGGCGGCGGUGGCGGAGGGGUCCCAGGGGCUCGAGGACCGACGUCUGAUGCAGCCGUGGUUCCUCGCCGUCAAGAGCUAGAUCGAGCGCAUGGCGGUGUAGCCGUCCAGAGGAAGAGGAAGAGCACCCUGCGCCGGUUCGGCCGUGGUGUCAUGGAUAGGAGGUCGCCGCCUCGUCGUGCAGCGCGCGAUGGUGGACCGAUGGGCGUCCAAGAGGCACUUGACCUUGCCGGAUCACGCUGCUGCUGGCAUAAUCCAGGCCGGAUCUGUGGAGAGCCCGGCGCAGCACCGUCUACAGGACACAGAUUGAUAAGGGCCGCAGCUUCAAUGACGAAUCUACUAUCCAGCACACAGCCCAACUCGACAGUCACUAGCCAUGUCAACAGGCCCUCAGGGGCAUGCUCGCCUCGGCAGUCAUCAAGGUGGCAAUAGGACACUUGAAUUCUACCAUUUCAGGCGAGAUCAAGCUGCACAGGAAUAUGAGGAACGAUCCGAUCUAGAGAACAUGAAGAUGACGCUGGAGUUGGUGGACGCUGUGCUCCGCGACGCAGAGAGGGAGUCUAUCAAGCAUAAGUCCAUGCUUCUGUGGCUGAAGCAACUUAAGGAUGCCGUGAACGGCAUCUCUCACAUGCUUGAAGAUUUUCAAGAUGAAACCGACCUCAACCUGAUUCUGGCAAAGAAGGGCGUGCUGAUCCUACCGUACAUCCUAGCCAACUCCGGCGGAGUGAUGGUGAGCUACUUCAAGUGGGUGCAGAACCCCUCACUCCGGCGGAGUGAUGGUGAGCUACUUCAAGUGGGUGCAGAACAUCCAGGGGUUCAUGUGAGACGAGGAGAAGGUGAAUCGGGAGCUCAAGACGUACAUGACCCGCGCCUCAAACAUAGUUCUGAUUAUUUAGGCAGUGUAUGGCACCGUAUAAAAUGGACAGUAAUUAUGUAUAGUAUAUCUUCGAAAACCAGAAUUGGUUCAAUUUGGAACAAUGCCUGCUUUAUAUGAAUUUCU